UGUAGAGCUCAGAUAGUGUCAAGCCCUGAUCCCAUAGGUGUGAAGCAACAGUGCAAACCACUGAUUGGGGGGCUGGUGUCAACAAAAGCAUGAGACUUGUUCUUUCCCCAGGACAUCCCCCCUCACACCGGUAACAGUAUUUUCAGGCAUUUUUUCAAUAGAUUUUACAAAGAUUCCUAUUUGCUGUAGAUGCAAAUUCAUAAAAAAACAUCGUGACAUCAGAGUUCCGGAAUCAGCAAACGGAGCCAGUUGGCAGUUGAUUCCAUCAAACUGAUAUUCCCUUUGAAGGUGCAAGGUGUCUUUGACUUGAAAUAUGGAUUCUCAACAUAAUUUGCAAAUUAACAGCCCGUAUAUGUUUCAUCAACUGAAUGGAUUGAGCAGGGUAGCCACAUUCAUUCCGUGCGGUGAUGGUCCCAGCGUUUACACUGCUGGGGGAAUGCUGGCUGCCCCUGGGCCAAACAUCCCAAUAUCAUCUGGACCUGUAGAGCUCCAAAUGGCCGCAGCCACUCCAGUGUGGAGCGUCUGGCCUCACCAAGGGAGUGAGGUGCCUCCUCCUUUUCUGCCACCCAGCAGCAUCCCAGUGGUGACAGAACCACCCAAGAAGGGCAAGCGGCUUCGCCAAAGGCGCAAAAAUCCAAACAGCUUCAGCUCAAAAUACAAGAGGCUGAUGGAGGUCACAUACGGGACUGCAGAGUAUUGGUCCCUGGACAGCAGCUCACAUUGUGAGGAUCCUGGCAAUCCCAGAUCACAGUGUGGACCUGAUGUCAAGGGAGCCUGCACCAGACGUGGGGUAAAAAGGAGGUUCAGUGAAGCAGAGGCCCCCAGUGAGGUCAGACUGGAAAAUGGUGGACAGAGUAGAAUCAAGGAGGCAGAUAGGGCUGCUAAGAAAAGCAGGCAGAUGGCUGGAAUGACAGAGGCUACCGGGCUAUCUAACUCACAGAACCAUCCGGUGCCAGGAAGCUCUACACAGCAGCAUGGAUGUAAUUCUGUUCCCUCACUUGUGGAACAGAAAUGGAGCCUAGAGGACCUGGAGUUCCUCAGCGACGUCCCCCAGCCUGAUGGGACAGCACUUGCUGCUAUAACCUUGGACUGGCCUCUUAAUUUGUUUGAGGGAUGUGAUAUGGAUACACACCAGGACCCAAUCCUCAGUAGCUGGGAGACGUCUUGGAACAACCAAGCAGCUCAUAUGGCCAAUGGAUUGGAUGUCCAGGAUGUUUCUCAGUUUCCUGGACACAUCCCCAACUCCCAAGACGAAGGGUGCCACGCAAUCUCAGUGGAACCCCAAACCCGGGUGGAGCAGGAGACCCCAAUGAAUGCAGUUGACUCUGAAGAGUUCAGCCUGUGGCAGAUCCUGGAAGAACUGUAUGGAAACUGUUAUUAAUAUCAAUUCAUUCUUAAAUAAAUCUUAAGAUCAUA